AUGUCCUACAACGACGAGCGCAGCGGAUACGGACAGCAGUCCGGCUAUGGUGGUGGCGGAAACGACCGUCGCGACGACCAGGGAGGUUAUGGCGGCGGCAAUGAGCGACGCGAGGAAUACGGCCGGCCCCAAGAAGGUGGUUUUGGAGGCCCUGCACUCGGUGAUGAGGAGAGGCGAGGAGGUGGACAUUCGUCUGGCGGAUACGGUGGCGGUGGAGAACGCAGGGAAGAGCAUGGUCAACAACAGGGAGGUGGAGGCUACGACCAGCGCCCUAGCGGAGGCUCCUCGUAUGGUGGAGGUGGCGAUGACAGGCGCCAGGAAUCCCAUGGAUACGGAGGAGAGAACUACAAGGAUCGUCCAUCAGGUAGUAGCAACUACAACGAUCGCCCUUCGGGAGGCAGCAGCCACAACGAUCGUCCAUCAGGAGGCAGCAACUACAAUGACCGUCCAUCCGGAGACAGUAACUACAACGAGCACUCCUCAGGAGGCAGUAACUACAAUGACCGCCCGUCUGGAGGCAGCAGCUACAACGAUCGCCCAUCAGAGACUAGCAGCUAUGGAGGCAACACCGGCGGACACAGCAGCUCGGGCCACCAAGGUCAGCAGUCUUCUGGUACAUCAUAUGGCGGCGGAGGUGGAUAUGGAGGAGCUUCAGACGACUUUUCAGGCGCAGCUCACCAUGCUACAUCCGAAGCUGGUAACAGCGGAGACUCAAGCCUGUUCACCAGUGUUCUUGGCAUGCUCACCAGCGACAAGGACAAGCUCAAACACGACGACGUGGAUGAGGACGAUGCGGUCAAACAACACGAGAAGUUUUACGGCAAUGGAAGCCAAGGCGGCAGCGAACAAGCUAGCUCAAACAACGUCGGCGCUGCUGCUGCUAUGCAAGCAAUGAAGAUGUUCAACAGCGGUAGCCAGGAAGAUGCAAAGGGCGGACAGAACAAGUUCAUAGGAAUGGCCAUGGGACAAGCCGCUCAGCUCUUCGACAAGCAGCAGAGCGAGGGAAAGACUGAUCCCGCCGCGACCAAGCAAGAGGCAAUCGCGCAGGCUGCACAGAUGGCUCUCAAGUUCUACGUGAAGUCGCAAAUGGGUGGAGGCAGCGGCGGCAGCGGUGGUGGUAGCUCUGGCGGCGGCCUAGGCACUAUGCUCAACAUGGCCAGCAAGUUCAUGAGCAAGUGA